AUGCAGGUUGAUGAAGAUAUUGGGAAGCUGUACCGUCGUCAUAGUGAUCUCAUUGAAAAAUAUUUCAUUUCUUUGUGCUAUCCCGAGUUUGGUGAUAUCAGACGAACUGCCAGAAAACAGAACAAUGAAUCAUAUCAACCAGUCUCGUACCUCCGUGACGUCAGUGACAGGAGAAGUGUUUCUACUGGGAUGGCAUACGAUAAUUAUGCCAUCAAUGACGACCUUUCUGAUGGGACCCCUAACUGGAACUUAAUGGCAUACAACUCCAAACGACGAUGGAGUAAAUCUAGCUGGCCAGGGAUAUAUGAAUCAGACAAUGAUAGUUCUGUACGACACCACACUCAGCCUCAACGGUCCUAUCAUUCGCCCAGAGACAGAAGGAGAAGAAACCCAAAAGCCUUACUUUCAAUUCUGACAGUAUCAAUGGUAUUAAUGGUAAUAGCGACCCCACUGCUGAUCGUCUUCGUCUUCAGAGAAAGAAGCGAUCCAACCGAAGGGACUGUCAACUUGGAAUUAAAGCUAGCAGACCAAUUUCAAAAGGGCAUGGGCGAUUCCACAUCACCUGUGUUCCAAUCAACGGAGAAUGAACUUUGUGGAGGGGCUAAACAAGCUUUAACCACCAGGGGAAAUUUUCCAUUGGACACUAGCAUUGCCUGCAAACUUGAAUCACUUCGAGAAGGCAGCAUCAUUGCUACACUCGUGAUCACUAUUAUCGGGCGAUACACUAUACCGGUCAGUAACAAGUAUGUCGAGGCGAUAACGACGCACAUUGGAGUAAAUGGGACACUUGGGUCCUUCACAGUCAUUGAAGGGUCCAUAUUCGUUAUUGCAGCUUCAUAUUUGACACAAGGAGUAACGACUCAUGUUUCAAAUAAUACAACCACUCUAGAGCAAACAACAACCACAACCACUCCAGAUCCAACCACAACCACGACUACAACCACUCCAGAUCCAACCACAACCACUCCGGAUCCAACAACAACUACAACCACUCCAGAUCCAACAACAACUACAACCACUCCAGAUCCAACCACAACAACAACCACUCCAGAUCCAACCACAACCACAACCACUCCGGAGCCAACCACAAGUACUGCGGAGCAGACCACCUCCACAAGCGUAACAACAACCACGAGACCUAUCCCUGCUAGAAUUCAACUUAACAGUUCGCUUACAUCUCCGCAUGAGAAUCUAUUCAUUGAAUGCAACAUUCAGAACCCACCGAACACCUGGGAUCAGGUGAAGGUUAUCUCCUCUGACGACAACAUUGGAGUUGUAGCUGUUGGCUAUUCUAAUGGAACAAUACAGAAAGACAACAACUCGUACCAACUGACCCUUGAACCCGGCGAUAGCAAAGUAACAUUAAGUCUUCUUUUUCCCAACACCACGAAGCAUUGUUUUGUCAGGAGUAACUACACGUGUCAACUUCAUAGCAAUGGAAAUAUAUUUGUGGAGUCCAUGGAAUACAUUUCCAUCCCAGUUGCAGACGCAGCGGAGAAUAUCCACAUUGUUGGGCCUACAACGGUGAACGAGGGUGAUAGUUAUGUGGUGAACUGUAGCGGGGAUCUGGCUCCAUCAGAUAGUACACUGGACCUGUAUACCAGAACCGUAAACGCCACGUUAUUUACAAAGUCUCCAAUUAGUCCUCAAAUCACGAAUGGUGACGUCACCGAAUCCUGCUACCUCCACACAACACAGAAGUACAGUCUCAGCGCCAGUAAGACUGACAAUGGCACAGAGAUGAGGUGUGAGGCAGCGAAUUCCUUCCCUGGUUCACAGACGAUCUCUAGCGCACAAAUGAUCUUGGUGAAAGUUGCCGAACUAGUAAUUGAAACAUCGCUUACACCAACACAUGAGGAUCUCAAAAUUGAAUGUAAUAUUCAAAACGCUCCGAACACCUGGGAUAAGGUUAAGCUUAUCUCCUCUGACGACAGCAUUGGAGUUGUAGCUGUUGGCUAUUCUAAUGGAACAACACAGAAAGACAACAACUCGUACCAACUGACCCUUGAACCCGGCGAUAGCAACGUAAAAUUGAGUCUUCUUUUUCCGAACACCACGAAGCAUUGUUUUGUUAGGAGUAACUACACGUGUCAACUUCAUAGCAAUGGAAAUAUAUUUGUGGAGUCCAUGGAAUACAUUUCCAUCCCAGUUGCAGACGCAGCGGAGAAUAUCCACAUUGUUGGGCCUACAACGGUGAACGAGGGUGAUAGUUAUGUGGUGAACUGUAGCGGGGAUCUGGCUCCAUCAGAUAGUACACUGGACCUGUAUACCAGAACCGUAAACGCCACGUUAUUUACAAAGUCUCCAAUUAGUCCUCAAAUCACGAAUGGUGACGUCACCGAAUCCUGCUACCUCCACACAACACAGAAGUACAGUCUCAGCGCCAGUAAGACUGACAAUGGCACAGAGAUGAGGUGUGAGGCAGCGAAUUCCUUCCCUGGUUCACAGACGAUCUCUAGCGCACAAAUGAUCUUGGUGAAAGUUGCCGAACUAGUAAUUGAAACAUCGCUUACACCAACACAUGAGGAUCUCAAAAUUGAAUGUAAUAUUCAAAACGCUCCGAACACCUGGGAUAAGGUUAAGCUUAUCUCCUCUGACGACAGCAUUGGAGUUGUAGCUGUUGGCUAUUCUAAUGGAACAACACAGAAAGACAACAACUCGUACCAACUGACCCUUGAACCCGGCGAUAGCAACGUAAAAUUGAGUCUUCUUUUCCCCAACACCACGAAGCAUUGUUUUGUCAGGAGUAACUACACGUGUCAACUUCAUAGCAAUGGAAAUAUAUUUGUGGAGUCCAUUGAGUACAUUUCCAUCCCAGACGCAGCGGAGAAUAUCCACAUUGUUGGGCCUACAACGGUGAACGAGGGUGAUAGUUAUGUGGUGAACUGUAGCGGGGAUCUGGCUCCAUCAGAUAGUACACUGGACCUGUAUACCAGAACCGUAAACGCCACGUUAUUUACAAAGUCUCCGAUUAAUCCUCAAAUCACGAAUGGUAACGUCACCGAAUCCUGCUACCUCCACACAACAAAGAGGUACAGUCUCAGCGCCAGUAAGACUGAUAAUGGCACAGAGAUGAGGUGUGAGGCAGCGAAUUCCUCCCCUGGUUCAAAGACGAUCUCUAGCGCACAAAUGAUCUUGGUGAAAGUUGCCGAACUAGUAAUUGAAACAUCGCUUACACCAGCACAUGAGGAUCUCAAAAUUGAAUGUAAUAUUCAAAACACUCCGAACACCUGGGAUAAGGUGAAGCUUAUCUCCUCUGACGACAGCAUUGGAGUUGUAGCUGUUGGCUAUUCUAAUGGAACAACACAGAAAGACAACAACUCGUACCAACUGACCCUUGAACCCGGCGAUAGCAACGUAACACUAAGUCUUCUUUUCCCCAACACCACGAAGCAUUGUUUUGUCAGGAGUAACUACACGUGUCAACUUCAUAGCAAUGGAAAUAUAUUUGUGGAGUCCAUGGAGUACAUUUCCAUCCCAGUUGCAGACGCAGCGGAGAAUAUCCACAUUGUUGGGCCUACAACGGUGAACGAGGGUGAUAGUUAUGUGGUGAACUGUAGCGGGGAUCUGGCUCCAUCAGAUAGUACACUGGACCUGUAUACCAGAACCGUAAACGCCACGUUAUUUACAAAGUCUCCGAUUAAUCCUCAAAUCACGAAUGGUAACGUCACCGAAUCCUGCUACCUCCACACAACAAAGAGGUACAGUCUCAGCGCCAGUAAGACUGAUAAUGGCACAGAGAUGAGGUGUGAGGCAGCGAAUUCCUCCCCUGGUUCAAAGACGAUCUCUAGCGCACAAAUGAUCUUGGUGAAAGUUGCCGAACUAGUAAUUGAAACAUCGCUUACACCAGCACAUGAGGAUCUCAAAAUUGAAUGUAAUAUUCAAAACACUCCGAACACCUGGGAUAAGGUGAAGCUUAUCUCCUCUGACGACAGCAUUGGAGUUGUAGCUGUUGGCUAUUCUAAUGGAACAACACAGAAAGACAACAACUCGUACCAACUGACCCUUGAACCCGGCGAUAGCAACGUAACACUAAGUCUUCUUUUCCCCAACACCACGAAGCAUUGUUUUGUCAGGAGUAACUACACGUGUCAACUUCAUAGCAAUGGAAAUAUAUUUGUGGAGUCCAUGGAGUACAUUUCCAUCCCAGUUGCAGACGCAGCGGAGAAUAUCCACAUUGUUGGGCCUACAACGGUGAACGAGGGUGAUAGUUAUGUGGUGAACUGUAGCGGGGAUCUGGCUCCAUCAGAUAGUACACUGGACCUGUAUACCAGAACCGUAAACGCCACGUUAUUUACAAAGUCUCCGAUUAAUCCUCAAAUCACGAAUGGUAACGUCACCGAAUCCUGCUACCUCCACACAACAAAGAGGUACAGUCUCAGCGCCAGUAAGACUGAUAAUGGCACAGAGAUGAGGUGUGAGGCAGCGAAUUCCUCCCCUGGUUCAAAGACGAUCUCUAGCGCACAAAUGAUCUUGGUGAAAGUUGCCGAACUAGUAAUUGAAACAUCGCUUACACCAGCACAUGAGGAUCUCAAAAUUGAAUGUAAUAUUCAAAACACUCCGAACACCUGGGAUAAGGUGAAGCUUAUCUCCUCUGACGACAGCAUUGGAGUUGUAGCUGUUGGCUAUUCUAAUGGAACAACACAGAAAGACAACAACUCGUACCAACUGACCCUUGAACCCGGCGAUAGCAACGUAACACUAAGUCUUCUUUUCCCCAACACCACGAAGCAUUGUUUUGUCAGGAGUAACUACACGUGUCAACUUCAUAGCAAUGGAAAUAUAUUUGUGGAGUCCAUGGAGUACAUUUCCAUCCCAGACGCAGCGGAGAAUAUCCACAUUGUUGGGCCUACAACGGUGAACGAGGGUGAUAGUUAUGUGGUGAACUGUAGCGGGGAUCUGGCUCCAUCAGAUAGUACACUGGACCUGUAUACCAGAACCGUAAACGCCACGUUAUUUACAAAGUCUCCGAUUAAUCCUCAAAUCACGAAUGGUAACGUCACCGAAUCCUGCUACCUCCACACAACAAAGAGGUACAGUCUCAGCGCCAGUAAGACUGAUAAUGGCACAGAGAUGAGGUGUGAGGCAGCGAAUUCCUCCCCUGGUUCAAAGACGAUCUCUAGCGCACAAAUGAUCUUGGUGAAAGUUGCCGAACUAGUAAUUGAAACAUCGCUUACACCAACACAUGAGGAUCUCAAAAUUGAAUGUAAUAUUCAAAACACUCCGAACACCUGGGAUAAGGUGAAGCUUAUCUCCUCUGACGACAGCAUUGGAGUUGUAGCUGUUGGCUAUUCUAAUGGAACAACACAGAAAGACAACAACUCGUACCAACUGACCCUUGAACCCGGCGAUAGCAACGUAACACUAAGUCUUCUUUUCCCCAACACCACGAAGCAUUGUUUUGUCAGGAGUAACUACACGUGUCAACUUUAUAGCAAUGGAAAUAUAUUUGUGGAGUCCAUGGAAUAUAUUUCUAUUCCAGUUGUAGAUUUAGCGGAAAAUGUCGGAAUUGACGGAAGUACAACCUGGAAUGAAAGAGACAGAUAUGUUGUGAACUGCACUGGGGAUUUGACCCCACCAUCCAGUACACUAGACUUGUACACUAGAAUUUCAAACAGUACGCCAUUUAUAAAGUCUGAUGUAACUCCUUUUGUGACGAUAACUGGAAAAACAGAUGCCUGCUAUCUCCAAACAACAAAGAGCUACACUUUUCUUGCUGUGAGGAGUGUAAACGGUUCUGAACUAAGGUGUGAAGGACUUAACAGCACAAUCAGAACAACCUCGAUGUCGGAUUCAAAGCUGAUCAUGGUACGGGUUGCAGAGAUGGAAAUGAACGAUUCACUGACAAAACCUGGAGAGGAGAUCACCAUUACCUGUAACGUCCGGUAUGCUCCCUCGGGUUGGGACAACUUCAGUAUCGUAUCCAUUGAUAAGAAUGAUAUAUAUGUUAUAGCGUAUCCAAACGGAACUAUCGCGAAGGGCAACAACUUGUACACAGCUGGAUUACAACAGAACAACGAUGAUCUGACACUUGCAGUCCGUGUUCCUAACACCACCACCACCACACAUUGUACCGCUAGAGGGAACUAUGUAUGUACCUUGACAGACGACGGUGGCAUCGUCAUCAAUGAUACCUCAACUGUUACAAUAACAGAUCUUGCUACUAACCUAGCACUUGACGGAAAUGAUACAGUUCAGGAAGGUGAAAGAUACGCCGUGAACUGUUCUGGUAGACUGGCUUCGGAGGGAGGUGAACUUCACCUUUAUGUUCGAUCUUGGAAUGCUUCAGACUUCGUCAGGGCUACACAAGUUCCCUCAAUAAUAUUCAAUGAUGAUGACACGUGCUACCAAUCCAUAAAGAAGACCUACGACUUCUUCGCCGAGACUGCCCAGAAUGGUACAGAAUUCCAGUGCGUUGCCACCAAUGAUAAGCUGUCUUCCUACCAAAGCAGCAGUUCCAUCGAUAUGGUUGUAGACUUUGCAGGUAUUCCAUCCUUCAUAAACUUUAUUUUGAAAAACACUACUUGGGUCCCUGGGUACGAUAACAAAAACAGUCCAGAAUUUAAGGAUCUCGCCGGACAACUCGAACAUGAAACUGACUAUGUGUACAACAAAAGCCGAUUAAAGGAAAACUUCCAGAAAAGUAAAGUUAUUGGAUUUGAGCAAGAAGAAAGUGUCUUGGUCAAUAUGAUCAUAUUUAUAGAUAUAAAGAUUAUUAUCAUCGAUGGAAGUAACAAUGUUAUAUCAACUACAUUGACAUCCGCGGAUAUUGUGGACGCUUUUGUGGUGACACUUCCAGUGGUCGCUGUCGAUCUUCCAAACAAUGCUAUCUCAGGUGUAGACACCAACACUAUCACCGGAACAGUUGUUAUAACGGACCAUGCUGAUGAUUAUGACUGCAACACGAAGACUGAUGUCAUAUUUCUACUGGACGCAUCUGGAAGUAUCGGCUCUAAUAACUUUAGAACAAUGAAAUAUUUCAUACAAAACUUUACAGCAAAUGUUAAGUUGGGUCCAAAUGACAUUCAGAUCGGUGUAACAAAAUUUUCCUCCUCUCCAAGUUAUGAAUUUUGGCUCAAUGAACACUAUGGAGUAUUAACUCUGAAUCCGGCGAUAGGAAAUAUAUACUACACUGGAGGGGGAACAAAAAUAGCCGCUGGUUUGGAAUAUGUUUUGAAUAAUUCACUUAAAGUUGCCAAUGGAGCAAGACAGGACUCGAAGAAAGUAGUUAUUCUUAUGACUGAUGGACAGUCGGCUGAUAAUCCAGCAGCAGUAGCCACCACAAUGAGGAAUGCUGGCGUCCUUGUAGCAUGUGUCGGAAUAGGGAAUGGAAUUGAUAUGAACCAGUUAAACGAUAUCGCUUACAACUCUUCAUAUAUCUUUUUCGCGUCCAAUUUUAAUGUGCUUACACAAAUCAAAGAUACUGUGAAAAGAUCAUCAUGUAAAUUUGAUAACAACACAAGGAAAUAG